AUGUCGUCGAAAAGUGCAAUUUCAAAAAAGAGGUGAGUGAAAUGUUCGUGUUAACAAUGGGAAACCAUUAUUUUUAAGUUCUUCAAAACGGAAGAGGGAAGAUGAUGACGGGGACGUUUCAAUGACCGGAGACGACGAGGAUAGCCGUGGAGCAUCCGCCGUAAAAGUCGAGAUUCCGAAAGGUAAGAAGAAAAUUCAAAAGAAUUGAGAGAAUGGCAUUUGUCCUUCUGAAUAUCGAUUUUUGGUAUACUGUAUAAACGCCACUAGCUAUUGCUAGGCGUUAAAUAUUUUCCAACGUGUUAAUUUUAGGAAAAGAAAAAGAGCCGGAAUUCGCAGCACCGAAAGGGCAAAAGCUGACCGAUUUGGACGAGGAAGGACUGCAAGGCAAGGAGCACGAGGGAAACGUGAUCGAGCAAACUCACUACAUCGUCGUUCCCUCCUAUGCGGCGUGGUUUGAUUACAAUUCGAUCCAUCAAAUAGAGAAGCGCGCCCUACCGGAGUUCUUCAAUGGCAAAAACAAGAGUAAAACCCCUGACGUGUACGUCGCGUACCGUAACUUCAUGAUCGACACUUACCGCUUGAAUCCGUUCGAGUACGUUUCGGCCACCGCUUGCCGUCGCAAUCUCGCCGGAGAUGUCUGCUCCAUCGUGCGUCUCCACUCGUUCCUCGAGCAAUGGGGACUUCUCAACUAUCAAGUUGACAGCGAUACGAAACCGGCUCCUGUUGCCCCGCCACCGACCUCUCACUUCAUGGUCCUCGCCGAUACGCCGACUGGAAUCCAGCCGAUGAAUCCUCCGCAACCUUCUAAAGAUAGCGGAGAGGCUGGCGCCGUGGACGUCAAGGUGGAUCUCGACUCUUUGGGCAAUCCUGGACUCAAAACGGAUCAGUAUCAGAAACAAGCCCUUGCAAUGAGAGUACGUGAAUGGAUUUGUAUUAUUCCUCAAAUAUUUUUGUUUUCAGACAAAGGGAGCCAAUCCAGGACGUGACUGGACCGAUCAGGAGACGUGUCUUCUUUUGGAAGCGUUGGAAAUGUUCAAAGACGACUGGAAUAAGGUAUUCAACGCAAAUGAGUUAUAGUUUGACAAGCAUGUUUUCCAGGUCUGCGAUCAUGUCGGUACUCGUACCCAGCAAGAAUGUGUCCUCAAGUUCUUGCAACUUCCUAUUCAAGAUCCUUACCUCACUGAGGAUUCUAAAGGACCGGGAGACGGAGGAGCUAAGGAGGUGCUCGGCCCGCUGGCUUUUCAGCCAGUCCCCUUCUCUCAAACAGGAAACCCUGUCAUGUCAACGGUGGCGUUCCUCGCGUCGGUUGUCGAUCCGCAGAUAGCGGCCGCCGCAACGAAAGCUGCGAUGGAAGAGUUCUCAAAAAUGAAGGAGGAAAUUCCGCCGCUUGUGUCCGAGGCUCACGAAAAGAACGUGGCAGCGAUGGCCGAGAAAACUGGAACAGUUGACGGCAGCAUAGGACUGCUCAAGUGUGGCAUCGCCCCACAAGACCAACAGGAAAGCGAGGAGAAAAUGGACACGGCCGAGAAGCAAGAGGAAGGUGAGAGCAGCUCAUCUGGAAUCCCAACGACCGCGCAAGCGAAGAGCGACAUCGACAAGGGGGUACAGGCCGCCGCCGCGUCGUGUCUAGCCGCUGCCGCCGUCAAGGCCAAGCAUUUGGCUCAGAUCGAAGAACGCCGCAUCAAGUCUCUCGUCGCGCAAUUGGUCGAGACUCAGAUGAAGAAACUGGAGAUGAAGCUCCGACACUUUGAUGAAUUGGAACAGAUUAUGGACAAAGAGCGCGAGUCUCUGGAAUAUCAGCGCCAUCAGUUGAUUCUGGAGAGGCAAGCGUUCCACAUGGAUCAGCUGAAAUAUCUCGAGAACCGUGCGAAGCACGAGGCGCACACCAGAAUGACAGCCGCCGGAAAUCUACCAGCUGGGCUUCCACCAGGCUUCGAAGUGACCGGUCCGCCACAGCCGACUCCACAAGUACAAGUGAAUUCUCAAGAAGGAGCCGAGAAGAUGGAUACAACUGAGAACCGUGCGCCGUCCGCUCAGCCGCCGGCAGCUCCCCAGGCUCCUCCAGCGGCUGUUGCUCCGCCACAGCAACAUGCUCCGGCUCCUCAACCGUCUGCGGCUCCACCGGCAGCUCCGCAUCAACCGCCUCCACAGCAACAACAACAACAACCGCCACAGCAGCCACAACAGCCGCCUGUGCAAGGAUAUCCGGGAGGUCCACCACCACAGCAGGGAUAUCCCACGCAGCAACAACAAGGAUACCCAUCUCAGCCGCGUUAUCCACAGGGUCAGCAGGGUGGAUACCCAGGAUACCCACCACAAGGACACCCCGGAUAUCCAGGACAGCCAGGACCGGGAGGUCAGCCAGGAUACUAUGGAGGUCCGCCAGGCAGCCGCAGUACCCCCAACAUCCAGGAUCCGGAUAUCCGCCACAGCAGAGAGGACCGUACCAAGGACAGCAAUACCCAGGACCACCAGGAGGAAGACCGCCAUACGCGUACCCACAACAAGGUAAUUGAAAUCAGACCUUUCUCGAAAACCCUCCAUUUCUUGCAGGACAUCCCUACCCGGGACCACAGCAGUACGGCCAGAUGAUGCCCCAGGGACAGUAUCCGCCACAAGGACCUCCGAUGGGCCCACCGCAUCCGCACGAGGAGACUGGAACGCCGCCGAUGCAUCACGGCCAAGGGGACGUGAAAACCGAAUAA